CCAUCUUUAGCCAUUAUGAAUAUAGUUGAACACCAUUUAGACUUCUAUACAGGUGGGAGUAUUGGGUUUUGCUAGAGUUCGAACUUAGUAUAGUUAGCUACUAACUUACUAAAGUCGUAUAAAAGUUAAUUAGUUCUCUGAGUUUGCGGCUUUCUGCCCUUAUAAAGCCUAUCCAUAUAUAAAGAUAUUUUUUCAGUAUGAUAAGUUGUGUGUCCCUGUCCAAUCUUUACUGCCUGUUUCGCCACUAAUAAAAGCAGAUAGAAACUGAAAUCUGCACGAUUAUAUAUUAUUGCGGAAUCGGUAUCAACAGCAAGCCACAUUCUCCAGCACAGAAAUGAUACGGAAAGCACUAGACGAAUAACUGCGUAUUUCCCGUAACUAUUUUUUAGCUCGUUUGAUUACUUUGUGAUUUCCUGUUGCCUAAUUGGAGUGUUUUUCUCUAUUAUGGGAGAGUUAUAUAUCAUUUUUGAUAGUCAUCUGAUCAGUUUACGUCACCCGUAGUCCAUAUUUAGUGCCUAGAUUUUAAGGAAAAUCGUUUGCCUACCAUCAGGAUCAAGGUUUUCGUCCAUUAGAUAGGUUCAAGAGUUAGCUAAAUGCGAUAUUUUCUUUCAGGAUACAAAAGCCAAUUUCUGCUGCCACUCACAAUGUAAUAUUAAUCCGAGGCAAUUACAAUGUGUUUCUGUCACAGAGAAAAUAUGCGAAGAUGUUUAUGAUGCUGAGCUUGAAGUAAUGUCAACUAAUGUUGCUGUAAACGUUAUGUUUGACAAUAUCUGGAAGUGCUAGACAAGGUGUUAUUUAGGCGAGUGGCGUCAUUCAGCAUUUUACUGAAAACCUGCUUGUGGACAUCAUCGAUUAUGUCGAGUUCUACGAAACUGAUUCGUGGAGAGAAUGACCUGGUCCUGACGGAGGCCGAACUUGCACUUCGAGGAACAGAAAAAAAGCUCGCGUACACACUGUCGCCGAGCGAAAUACAGGAUGGAGCUGCGCUGACGCUCGAGAAAGUGGCCCGCAUCGAGUUGUUGCAGCGCUCGAAGCAGAUUGUCGAUAAUAUGAAUGCUCGCGGCCUUCCAGAACCACGGAAUAUUUUUACAGCUUUCCAGAUAGCAGACUUGCUUGGGGGUAAUGGCUUUCAAACGGGACGUGGUGUUAUCGAAAUAACCGGCGAAGCCUCGUCGGGUAAAACCCAGCUGCUGCUUGAUAUCGCGCUCAGCUGCCCUCAUAGAGCAGCUUAUGUUGUCACAGAGGGACGAUUUCCAGGUAAUCGUCUCUGUCAGCUUGCGUCGAACAAGCAGCGCUGGCCUAACGCAUCCAUGGACAAGAUUUUGAUUUCGAGGGUGGCAGACCUCGACCAGUUGAUGAAAACGCUUGACAAGGAUUUGCCGCGUCUCCUUACGACUGGAACUAUAGAUGCAAUCUUAAUAGACUCAAUAACGUGGCCAUUCCGGGUCGAGGAAGGCUGUAAGGAACGAACAAAAAGUAUACAGGAUGUUGUCCGUAAGCUUCACCGAUUCUCGAAAAAGUACAACGUUUUAAUUGUUUGCGCUAACCAGGUCGCCGCUGACCUCGCUAGUGGAGUUCUUCGGCCAUGCUUAGGAACAUCAUGGUCUAAAGGGGUUUCCGGACGACUAAUGUUAAGCAUUAAAGAUCGUGAACUAGGUCUCCGCAAUUUGCGGGUCGACUGGUGUGAAAGCUAUUUUCAAUGGUGUGUGGGCAAAGAUCGUGAGUUUCAGAUUCGUCCAGAAGGGCUCGUGGCCUUGAACGGCGAUGAUCCCACUUAAGAAAAAUGGAG